UACCUCCAUCCUCCAUGAUCAAAUCUAUGCUGAUUUUCUGUGAUGUAUGCUGACCACCUAAUAUCAAUCGUCAAUCGGUAUAUCAGAAUAAUAUAUUCCGGAUAGAUAUCCGGAAUGAUAAAAACCUUUUGAUUAGAAGAGUUUUUAUGUGUAAAUUUCUAUCAACACAACGAACAUGUCGGGAUUCGAUGAAAACCCUUUUGGCGAUCCUACUAUAGAAAAUCCAUUUGCAGUAAGUCCGGCAUAUGAAAGAUCCCUCGGUACAGCAGGUCACUCAAAAUGCUAGUGCUAGCCUUAGAAUUGACGAUUACAACCCAUUUGACAAACAAGGCCAAAAAAUGACUGGAGGACAAGUAACUGGUCCCAACAUAGGACCAGCAGUCAUGCAACCUACACAAGAAUUGCCAUCGUAUACUAAAUCUGGACAAUCGUACAUGAAACCAACCCUUAACACCGAGGAGUUGCAGAGACGUCAAGAAGAAUUGGAAAGAAAAGAGCAAGAGUUGAAAAGACGUGAAGAGGAAAUGCUCCGAUCCCAACAAUAUAAUGUACGAAGAAAUAACUGGCCACCAUUGCCUGAACAAUGCUGUUUUCAGCCUUGUUUCUAUCAAGAUAUCGAAGUAGAUAUUCCAGAAGUCUUUCAAAAAAUUGUCUACCAACUUUAUCGUCUCUGGAUGUUUCAUGGAAUCGUAAUGUUACUUAAUAUUUUGGGUGGCAUAGUUCUACUCAAUUUCGAAGUUAUUGCCCUUGGUAUAUUUUAUAUGAUACUAUUUGCACCAUUCUCCUAUCUGUGCUGGUUCAGACCUGCCUAUAAAGCAUUUAGAUCUGAUUCAUCAUUCAACUUUAUGGUGUUCUUCUUCAUAUUCUUUUUUCAAUUCAUCAUCACUGUUUGCCAAGCAAUUGGAAUACCUGGUACAAUAGGAAUAAGAACAGUAUUCUCUACUUUUGGUGAAUCAGUAGGCAGUAUCUUCAAAGGAAUUCUUGCUCUUAUUAUUGCUGUUGGUUUUGCAGCUGCAGCUGCUGGAGACUUACUUUUGAUCACCAAGAUUCAUCGCAUUUAUCGUAGUUCUGGAGCUAGUUUGGCUAAAGCUCAAGAAGAAUUUAAGUCUGAAUUUUUGAGUAACCAACAUGUUAGAGGGGUUGCUACAAAUGUAGCAGCAGCUGCUGUGCAAUCUCAGUUCAGUCAAAGAAGUAAUAACACUAGAUAUUAGGUUUAUUUUUUAAUAUUUAUUUCAAGUGUUGAUUUAAUUUCUGUAUUAACUGUUACUUUGUAUAUUUCGUUUUGAUCUAGGGUAUUUAUAGAAUUUCGAUACCAAAUGUUAUGUAUGAUUUCAGAACUUUAUGAAAGAAUUGUUUAAAUUCGCAACACAUUCCAAGAAACUCGACUUCAAAUUUAGACUUUUUGUUAAAUUUUGAUCCUAGUGGUUUUUUUGGAAAUUGUUCCCUAACCGUGUUAAUUUUGCUGGUAUUGAUUAUUAAAAAUGAAGUUUCAAUUA